AUGAUGUGGCUACGUACGAGUUUCCAAAAAAAGGAGUUUGCUUUUGCAUCUAUUCAAGAGAAGCGAGGGAAGAUCACAGGGAAUGACUUGCUUGUGGAAUUUAAUAAUUUGGAUAAGAAGAAAGAUGCAAAGUUGAAAUACAAAUUGGGACUUCUCUCGGUCGUUGAGCAUGUUGUUUUGUUUACAGAGUGCGAGACUCUUGUAGAUGAAAUAUGGUUUCAUUUGAUUGAAGAUUUGGAGCAAAUUCGGGAAGAAGAAAAUGUGUCUCAAGAUGAGGAAGAAGAAGGCAAUAUAUCUAAAGUUAAGGAUGAGGAUGAGGAUGAGGAUGAGGAAGAAGAAGAAAAUGAUGCAUCUCAAUCUGAUCCACCACAACCGCAAGUUUUGGAUGCUGAAAAGAUUGCAACUAUAGUGAGGGGAUGUCAUGAACGACGAGAUGAAAACAUGAUCAUUUCACCAUCUCCUAUGUCCGACAAAGAAAUGGUUGGACUUCAUGAUGACGUGGGCUUGGAGAUGAGAGCCAAAGAUGAUGUUGUCUUGGUUGAAGACUAUUUUUCUGAGGAGUAUGUCUCAUCAAUAACAUCUGACAAGAAUGAACAUGGAUUUGAUACUAGUGUUGUGAUCAACCCGUCAUCAGCCAUCGUUGUGUUCUAA